AUGCCGGCGCCGCAGAAGAAGCUGCUGUUCUGCACGGCCGGGCUGCUGAGCCUGGGCUGCGCGCUGGGCGCGGCGGCGGCCGUGGGCAGCCAGCUCUGGGUCCGGGGCUCCAUCCUCUGCAGCACCGGAGCGCUGCUCGUCAACGCCAGCGGCCCCGAGCUGCACAAGUUCAUCGGCGCCAUCCAGUACGGGCUCUUCUCCGGGCAGCGGGUGCGGCAGUGCGGGCUCGGCGGCAGACCGCUGCACUUCUCAUUUUUUCCAGAUUUGCUCAGAAUUAUCCCUGCAAGUAUCCAUGUCAGCGUCAUUCUGUUCUGCACAGUGCUGAUUGUCUUUGCCCUGGUGGGAGCAGGGUUCUUCAUGUUCAAUGCCUUUGGCAGCCCCUACGAGACGCUGCACGGCCCCGUGGGGCUGUACCUGUGGAGCUUCAUCUCCUGUGAGUGCCAGGCUGGGCUGGCACUGCCAGCAGCACCCACUGCUCAGCACAGGGGUUCCUGUGGCUGCCUCAUCAUGAUUCUCUUCUCCUCAGAGGUGAAGCUCCACCACCUUUCAGAGAAAAUUGCUAACUUCAAAGAGGGAACUUUUACAUUCAAGACUCACAGUGAGCAGUUUGCAAAUUCCUUCUGGACCAUCCUGGUUUGCUCCCUGGUGCACUUCCUCAAUGCCCUGCUAAUCCGAUUUGCUGGAUUUGAAUUUCCCUUUUCAAAAUCAGAAGAGUCAGGGACAAUCACAGGAGCGGUUGACUUGAUGUAUUAA